UUCAUUAUAUAAAUUAUAUUCAAUUUAUAUUUUUUUUUUUGUAUUUUCUAUAAUUAAAUUGUAUUUAUGGAUACAUAUAUAUAUAUAUAUAUAUAAAUAUUCAUGCAAAUACAGCAUAAAUGUAUAUAUUUUAAAUAUUUUAAAAUAUACAAUUAAAUACAUGAUAAUUUAAUGUUAUAAAAAAAAAUGUAUCGAAUAUUUAUUUUGAUAUAUGAUUUUUAUAUGAGAUUUAUUUAUUUCAAUAAGUUUUUUUUAAUUGAAUUAAGAAUUUUUAUUUUUAUGUAUUUUUUCUUCAUAAUUAUAUGUUUGAUUAUUUUUGAAAGUUUUAGUUUUUUAAUAUCUAAAUCGAAAAUAAAUAAUAUAUGAAACUUUUUAUUCAUACAAUAAUAAAUGUAAUUAAAGUUUGUAUUCUAUGUUUCUAUUCUCAUAUGUUACAUGUUAUAUGCAUUAUAUUGAUUUAAAGUAAAGUGACGUAAUUGUUGGGAAUAGUUUAUUAUUAUUUUUAUUUAGAUCAAAAAAUUUAUUCAAAAUGUGGUAUAUGACUUUACCAUCAAUAAUUAUAAUAGCAGUAUGUUCGACAAUACCAGCGUAUGUGGCACCACAUAUAACUAAAUUUUUUCAGGGAAAUAAGCAAACAAGAAUCUAUACUACUCAUUUAGAACGAAUAGGAUAUACCAGAGAUUAUGAACUAGGUGAUAAUAAGUUUUGGAAUUUUAAGGGUUUGGAAUCCAUUCCAGAUAAAUAAAAGCAUAUUGGCUUAUGCUAUAUUAAAUAAUAUUCAUUAUUUUAGUGAUGUUAUUAUGUAAAAAUCAUAUUAUAACAUAUAUAAUGAAAAAUGUAAUAUAAUUUUAAAUUUUUUUUUAAUUCUCCUAAUUAUAAAAAUUUAUUAUUUAUUAAAAAUUAUUUAUUAUUGAUUAUUUAUUUUAAAAAAAUGCUAUAACUAAGUAUAAAUUGAUUAUAAAUAAUCUUUGUAAAUUUUAUUAGAAAUUUUAAUGAUAAAUUAUUAUAAUAUAAUAGUACUAUAUUUAUAGUAAAAAAUAUAUAAUAGUACUAUAAGAAUAAUAUUUUGAUAAUUGAAAAAUUGAUGAUAUAAAGAUAUUUUAUUUAAAAUUUUAUAAGUUUAUUGAUGAAAAUUUAAUUAUAUAUCAAUUUAAUCAAACUUUUAAUCAUUAUUUAAUUUUUUCAGAAGCUAAAAUAUUAUAUAAUUAUAUAAUAUUAUAAAUAAUAAAUAUAUUUUGAUUUAAAUAAUUUUUUAUUGAAAUUUUUUUUUGAAUAUAAUAUUUAUGAUAUAUAUAUAUAUAUAUAUAUUUAGAAUACAAUAUAGAAUUCGAAUGAAAAAUUAAUAAUGCAAAAUAGAUUUAUAAAUAAUAUUUUUAUUAUCAGAUAAUCGAAUAUGGAAAAAAUGUUUGCUAGAAAAUUUUAACUUAUUUUUAUUACUAUUUUUUUUUUGUUCAUUUCCAAUAUUUUAGAUAAUUAUACAUCUCUUUGCAUAUCAAAAUUCUUCUGAUAUUUAAGAGAAUAUUUAAAAGAGAAAAAAAUGAUAAUAAUGAUACUAUUCCAAGUAUUUCGAACAACGUAUUUCAUACUAUUAUAGUUUGAAGUUCUGAACCCCUCGAAAAUAUAUGUAUAAGAUCGGUCCCUACGCUUAAAAAGAGAUAAUGGACAAUAGACUGCCGAGGGGGCUGUUAGAGGGAUACAGACCUUUGAACACGACAUGAAAGUUACAGCAUAAUCACGAAAAUUGAGAAGAAAAUCGGCCCUGUUCAAGAUACCGCUUGGCGGCAGUCUAAGCUUCAGCUUUAAAUCGGUUUUCGGUCUGAACGAGCGACCUCGCAGUCGAGUGCGAGACGCCGUGCAAGUAACAUCGCGUUAUAUGCCGCGUCCUUUUUCUUUACGAUUUUUCCCUUAAUUUUUUAAUGGUUCAUUCCUUCAAAUUUUUAUUAACGCACAGUUUCGAGACUCUUUAAGAUCACUUUGGAAAUAAUUGAAAAGAACGUAAAGAACAAUCGUUUAAUUUGUUUACGCGGGAAUUAUUAGGAAAUCGGACAUAUCUGUUCGGUAUAUUCGAUCCUUUGAGCCUAAAGGCGAAUACGGACGAGAAACAACAAAGCCAACAAUAGAAAGUUGCAAAGUUGCAAUUUUGUUUUUCAAGUUACGAAGAAAUAUGGAUAUAUUACAAGUUUUUUGAUAACAUUAUUAUUGUUUUUGUUUUUUCCUUUAUUUAUUUAUCCUUUUCUAGUUCAUUUAUCGUUUUAUUACGUUCUAAAAGAAAGCAGUUGAAUAGCAUAUUUAGUGGAAAGUGUAUCGACGAAAGUUUGAAACGGCGUUCACGGCCAACCUGUUAGUCAUGUGAGAACGGUAAAAACCAUUCUGGCAGGAACUCUGGAAGAGCAGUUUCUCGGAAACGGCCGUCAGAAUAGUAAUAACGAUGUAGUGAAACCUGCUUCUCGCCGAGCAAGGAUACGCGUUGUUUCGACGAUCGUCCCUUUGAUCGCUCGUGCGCUGUAGUUCGUAUGCCGUUUUCGCGAACGGUACCUCUUUAUUAUACAUAUGUAUGUGCAAAAUGAUAUCGUUUUUAAAAAGACAGCAUUCUUGCAAUUGUUUCAACGCGAUAUUGUAAGACUAUUGAACACAACAAAAAGAAAAAAAAUAAGAGGAAAUUACUAGAAAGAAGUGAAUCAUUUGUUCACGGACAUGCGACUAUUUUGCAACAAUUCUGGAUGGCGCGGUAGAAAGGCAGGCAUGAACGCACACCUGACGAACGGAUUCCUAAUGUUUGCCCUCGCCAUCGUUGCCACGAUGCGGGACGAUGCGACGGUGCUCGGAUAUUCCGGCGCCCCAUUGGUCAUGGAUCAGGACAUCCCUUUGAGAACUUGCCGAUAUAGCAGGAUACACUCGAUGAUUCAAGUUCGUUGCGCGAAUCUGGGCCUGGAGAGGAUCCCCUCCAAUUUGAAGACGGAAAUUCAGAUCCUGGACGUGUCGGUGAACAGGGUACGAGUGUUGACGAACGACAGCCUGGCCCCGUACACGAACCUCGCCUACCUUUACCUGAGGGACAAUUUUAUCCAGGAAAUUCAAGAGGCGGCCUUCGACAAUCUCCGGUACCUGAAGAUGCUCGACCUCUCGACGAACGGGUGUGACACCCUGCCCAAAAGCCUCUUCCGUUUGCCGUAUCUUCAAAAUUUGUACCUAUCGAAGAACAGAUUGGGCGACGAGCAGUUCGAACGAGUGGACGUUAAAUCCCCCUUAAUUCUGCUUCAGUUGUCGAAGAACAGGUUGGCCAGGGUACCGUCGUUGGGCCCGGUACCCACUCUCACCUAUUUGAACGUCUCCGACAACAACAUCGGCUCCGUCUCACCGGAAGAUCUGGCCCCCUUUUGCUCCCUGAAGAAACUCGAUCUCUCCAAGAAUCCGAUCAAGUUCGACGCGGGCAGCUGCGAGUGCCACACGUUCAACGCGUGGCUGCACGCGCGUGAAAUCGUCUCGAGGCCGGUGUACAAUUGCAGCGAGGAGCGGGCGAAGGGGGAGUGCGCGAGGCAAGAGUUCACGAACCGAACGAUGGAAUUGCACGAAAGGUGCACGGAAAUCCUGCGGCUGCAGGUCGAGACGGAGAAGGCGAGGAACACGUGGAUAUUGAUCGCCUGUUGCAUAUCCGGCUUCCUGUUUUGCCUGUUCGUGGCCCUGUUCUGCGUGCACAAGAAAAACAAACGGAGGAGGAAGAAGCUGAAGGAGGAGCAGAAAUUGAACGCGAACAACGCCAACACCGAGUUGCUCAACAGCAACUUGAACCAGCCCGAGAACACUUGAAAUCCGGGCGGAACGUCCGGAGACGUCUGUCAGAACGGAGAUACUUACCCGACGAUUUCGACUGUUGUGUUCAAUCCACAAGGACGGAGUGAAAAGCUUCUCGAGAAGCGAGAGGACGGCGCUUGGUCCGAUUUUUAAAGAAAACCGAUCCCUUUGUUCUCAUCCGUGAUGCGUCAUUGGUGAUUCUGUAAUAGCCGUGAUCGUAAAUGCAAGAACGAGAGAGACCGCCGAAACGCGGUGGAAACCGAUACAAAAAUUUCAUCCCGCGCGAAUUUGUAAGAAAAUUCGUCCGAAAGAUAUUUAUUGUCCGCGGAAUGUACGCUUACGUGUUUCUGCGAUAAUCUCUAUCGUACGAAUAUUAGGUUGAUACAGAGUCGGUUGAGACACAUGUGAAUUUCUAGUAUCAUCGCUUUCCCGAAACUCGAGGGCCUUGUUUGAACGAAUUUAAUAAAGAAGCACGCAGAGAGAUUUGAAACUAGUGGUGUAAUAAGAAUCGUGAGAAAAGCAGUUUACGAUAUCCUUACUAGGUCGUUGACAUCUGUUAAAUUGUUAAUAUAUUGUAAAGAAUUUAGAGGAGAACAUUUUUGAAAUUUUGUGAAUCGGAGAGUGAGAUAGGAAAACGAUAAAAUAAAAUAAAUCGUUAAGUAAAUAUCUGUGUUCUAAAAAAAAAA